AUGUCUCUCUCGCUCCUCUCUCCCCCUCCCCCCUUCCUUUCCCUUCUUCCUCUCUCCAUUACAGGCAUCAUGGAUGGUUACUGCUGCUAUAUUUAUCCUGUCAUUGAGAAAUUGUUGCAAGGUUUGUGGAGUAAUAACUUGGAGCAAACUAAUACAGAAAAAUGGUUAUCAUGCAAAACUUGGGAAUUAGCAGACAAAGCUGCCCUGGAUCAAGUCUGUAAAGCAAAAUCAUCAGAUACUCUCAAGCAUUCACCUGAUGAUGAAAUAGAAGGGGAUAGUUUAUUUACAAUCCAGGCUACUCGACAGUAUUAUUUCUAUGAAGCAGGGACAUGCAGGGACAUGCUUUCUGAAUCGAAAUUUCAGUCCGUCUUAUAUCUUGCGGAAGAUUUGAUACUCAAGAAUAUGCCAGAAGCAAUGCUGGAUCCUCAAGAGUUGGCCAACUAUCUUCAUCACCACGAGCAAAGGAUUUAUCAUUUUCCAAUAGCAAAUUCUCAGAAGAAAUUAACUUUGGCAUCUUCGAUCUGGCUAAAUUCUCCUAGAAAAGUGUUCUUCCCUGUGAUAUAUGCAUGUGAUGUGAUUUGCAAGUACCUUGCUCACCGGGCUGUGCUUGCCGCCCACUCGCCGGUCUUCAAGGCGCAACUCCUGGGCUCCAUGGCGGAAGCGGACAUGUCAUCCAUCAUCUUGCAUGACAUUGCGCCGGCGACGUUCAAAGUCAUGCUUCGGUUCAUGUACACUGAUGCUUGUCCUGCUGAUGACGAGAUCGGGGACUCCCUGGGCCCCGGAGGAUGGCAUGUUUUGGCACUUCUAGCUGCAACAGACCGGUUCGCAUUGGAUUGCCUCGAGAUUUUGUGUGCUGUAAAGCUGUGGGAUAAUAUAUCAGUGCACACAGUUGCUGCCACUUGGAUCUGUGCUGAAACAUAG